AUGCAAGCUCUUGCCACGGGCACUAAGCUCGAGAGUAGAGUGAGGCGACUCGCUCUCGAUGCCCGGAUAGCUUGGCCAGUUACUGGGGAGCAACUGGCCAGCUAUACUAGAACGCAAAAGAAGGCUGAGCUUGCCAGAUGGAAGCGCCUUGGUUCUCAAGGAAAGUCGGCAGCGGCCUUCGCCGACUCCAAGAUCGGAAACGCAUGGCUUAGGGACCCCUCGUUGCUCAAGCCAUGUCGUAUGAUUACAGCCCUCAAGAUGAGAACCAACUCAUGUGCUGACAGGGCGGCCAUGAGCAGAGCGACCCAGAAUACCGGAUCCUACAUGCAGGCAAUGUGGUUCGCAAAUUGA